GACCCCGGCCCUCACCUGCCGAGCCGCUGGGCGCCGGAGUUGGCGGAGCAAGAUGUCGACGAAGAAUUUCCGAGUCAGCGACGGGGACUGGAUCUGCCCGGACAAGAAGUGUGGAAAUGUUAACUUUGCUAGAAGAACGAGCUGUAACAGAUGUGGUCGAGAAAAAACAACUGAAGCCAAAAUGAUGAAAGCUGGAGGGACUGAAAUAGGGAAGACCCUUGCUGAAAAGAGCCGUGGCCUGUUCAGUGCUAAUGACUGGCAAUGUAAAACCUGUGGCAAUGUGAACUGGGCCAGGAGAUCAGAGUGUAAUAUGUGUAAUACUCCAAAGUAUGCAAAACUGGAGGAAAGAACAGGAUAUGGAGGAGGUUUUAAUGAACGAGAGAAUGUUGAGUAUAUAGAACGUGAAGAAUCAGAUGGGGAAUAUGAUGAGUUUGGUCGCAAAAAGAAAAAAUAUCGAGGGAAGCCAGUUGGGCCUGCAUCUAUCCUGAAGGAAGUAGAAGAUAAGGAAUCUGAAGGGGAAGAAGAGGAGGAUGAGGAUGAAGAUCUUUCCAAGUAUAAAUUAGAUGAGGAUGAGGAUGAAGAGGAUGCUGAUCUCUCAAAGUAUAAUCUUGAUGCCAGUGAGGAAGAAGAUGCUAAUAAGAAAAAGAAACCCAACAGGCGCAGUCGCUCUAAAUCUCGAUCUUCCCACUCACAAUCUUCAUCACGCUCAUCCUCCCACUCAAGCUCAAGGUCUAGGUCAAGGUCCCGUUCAAGAAGCUCUUCCAGUUCCAGAUCAAGAUCUCGUUCCACUUCCAGAGAACAUUCUAGAUCUCGUGGGUCGAAAUCAAGAUCCAGCUCCAGGUCCGUCAGGGGGUCUUCAUCCCCAAGAAAAAGAUCUUACUCAAGCUCUCGUUCAUCAUCUUCCCCUGAGAGAGGCAAGAAGCGGAGUCGCUCUAGAUCUUCUUCAUCCGGUGAUCGCAAAAAAAGACGAUCGAGAUCACGGUCACCAGAAAGACACCGCGGGUCAUCAUCUGGAUCUUCCCAUUCUGGUUCCCGUACAAGUUCUAAAAAGAAAUAAUGUAUUAAAGUUCACAUUAAAAAAAAAAUCUAGUCCAGUGCAUGAGGAAUAUUUUUAAGAACUUGUUGUCUUAUUUGGUCAGAAGUGCUAAAUCUGCUAGUAGAAGUGCAUGUUUGUCCUUGCUUUCUGGGAAACUGCAGCUUUGUUAAUUCAUUAAACAAAAAGUACAGUAGCAUUUUAAGCCAUAAAUUCCCUAGAGUAGGUGUGUACAUUUCAUUAUUGUAUUGUUAAACAAUGUUUAAUGAGGCCCACUAGUUUUAGUACUAUUGUGAGGGGGAUUGGGAGGUUUUUUUAGUUCGAAGGGCACCUACCAAUUAAAUUAUUUAUCCCUCACUGAGCUGUGAAUGGAGACAGGCUGAUGUGUGGAGUCCCAUCCUCCAAAAGAGGGCUCUCUGCACAUAACAGCUCCUGAGCUUCUUUGAUGCACCUUUGCUAGGAUCUAUGGUAAUGACUAAAUGCAGAAAAACUGGGGGCCUGACUGUAAAGAGUUCCCUUACUCACAUUUAGUGUAGACAUCUGAAUCUGAUGCCCCUUACUCACCCAUUACAGAACCUAAUAUUGGGUAUGGGAUGUGAGACUUCCCCUCUCCCAUACUGAAGACUUUUUGGAUCAUUAAUCUCUUCUCUCUGUAGCUGAUGUCUGUCUCAAAGAUGUCUGUGUCUAUGGAGAUGUAGCCUAUUUGAUCCUCUGUCAGCCAAGGAAAAGCCAGCUUUCUCUAGUAGGUUGCUGGGUGCAAUUUAAUUUUCAUAUAUAUAUAUAUAUAAGUCUGUGAUCUCUCUUAGAAAGGGGAUAGUUUUUUAUGGACUUAUAAUGCUGAAAUGAACAUUUUGUAGCUACUUUUGAAGUGAUGAAAGAGUUUAUGAAAUAGUUUCUUGGGAGUUAGUGUUAGUCUCCUCAAGCUGGCAAUGAAAGAUUAAUUUGGGCUGUAGAAAGCUAUUUUUUUCCCACAUUAAAUUUUACAUUUGGUAGAUAAGCUGCAUAGGAAGUUCUCCUGAAAUACAGAUAAAUCUGUGCUUCUAAAUAAAUGUGAUCAAAGAUCAUAGCUGUCCCCUUCAACUUCUUUAAAUUUAUGGCUUAAAAUGCUACAUAAAAUUUGAUUUACUAGCAAUAUCACACUAAAACCUGGUUACCCUUGAGCUCCGUUUGGUUAAGAAAGAUUUGUGUUAACAGUUAUCUUCAGUGGCAUCACAAGGUAAGUAUGUUAAGGAAAAAUGAUAUGUUUUUUAAAACAAAGAAGCAAUAUAUCUAAUUAUUUGAGUAGUGAAACUUUCAACAUCUUUGAUAGUUGCUUUUGUAAAAUGAACUUCAAGAACACAAACGGAGCAAAAAUACAUUCUGCUUUUUUUUAAAAUGAUUUUAUAAGUUUCUUUUGGACUGAUCUGACAGCAAAAUGUUUUUGUUGUAGAAAUAUUUUGAUAAUCUUUUUGCAGAAAAAAAUUGCCCUGCAACUUCUUCUUUAUCACUUUCUUUUAUAUCUGAUUUCCUUGCUAAAUGUAGCUUAGAUGGCACAAGAACAGUUAGUUUCUUUUAACUGUGCAUCUGACUUCAUGAAAGUCUACAUACUAAAUUGUAAAAAUAAGAUCUAUUAGAAGCUAUAUGUUAUCUUCAUUUUUUUCUUGUGCUUUGUAUUAAAAUUGUUGCUGUACUUAGAUAAAACUUUUAAUUUAGCAAAUGAUAGGCUACAGACAACUCUGAGGAAAAUUAUGGUUUCAUUUAGCUUGGAUAAAAUGUACUAAGUCAUUUCAUGAAUAAAUGAUUCUGUAGACAAGUGUAAAUAAAGGCUGUGAGUCAAUUACACAAUGAGUGUUUCUGUUGAGACAUGUAGAAUAAAUCUAUUUGCUGGUUCACUUUUAAACUUUCUGAAAUGCAAAGCUUUUUUAUUCUGUCUAAGAUAUCUUUGAAGGGAGAGAACUAGCAACUUAAAGGCAAAAGCAGUUGUUCUGAUCACAGCAU